CCACCAUGUGUUUUGUGGAGCUUUUACUGAUGAAUGCGUUGAAUUUACAAAACAUCGGCGCAAGCAUUAAAUCAUCUGUUAAAUAAGCAUGAGAAGGAUAUAUAAACAAAAUUGACAAAAAACAUCCUAAACUCAGUUCUAUUUAGUAUCAAAAUUUUUAACAAAUAAAGUCAUUUCCAUGCCAACAAUUGAUAAAUCGGAGGACUGCUUAGCUUGUCGCUUAAUAAGCGGCUUUGGAUUAAUUGCAAUGGGUGCUUAUAUUUUAUCACAUUCAAAGAAUCGUAGAAAGAUAGAGAUGAAUGCAAUGCGCUUGCUUUCAGGAAGUGUGAUGUUCCUGGGAAUGGCGCGACUAUCUAAUGCAAAUUUUCUAAAAAGCAAAUGAGACUUGACGUAUUAAAUAAAAAAUGCAUAAUGGUUCUUAAAAA